AUGGCAGGAGAAAGGCAGUCGGCUCGAAUCCGUUCUUUAUACCUUAAUGCGGUCUUGAGGCAAGAUAUUGCACCCUUCGACACAGAAUUGACAACAGGCCAAGCAGUUUCUAGGAUGUCCAGUUAUACCCUCGUGAUUCAGGAUGCUCUUGGCGAGAAGGUAGUUUCCUUUAACGGAGAGAACAAAGCCGUUGCAAUGCACAAAAACUUAAUAAAGAAGGCAUACAGGACUGAUAUUUUGGAAGGCCUGAUCAAUGGUUUUGGCAUGGGAUCUGUGUUUUGCAUCUUGUUCUCUAGCUAUGGCUUAGCUUUCUGGUAUGGCGGAAAGCUAAUCGCUGACAAAGGCUAUACUGGUGGGAAGAUCAUCACAGUUUUGUUCGCUGUGUUAACUGGUGCAAUGUCUUUAGGUAGUGCAACACCCUCUGUUUCUUCAAUUGCUCAGGGUCAAUCUGCAGCGUACAGAUUGUUUGAAACGAUUGAGAGGAAGCCAGAUAUAGAUUCAGGUGAUACUAGUGGUGUCGUUUUAGAAGAUAUGAAGGGUGAUGUUGAACUAAAAGAUGUUCACUUUCGCUACCCUGCAAGACCUGAUCAACUGAUAUUACAUGGAUUAUCAUUGCAAGUAGCCAUUUUGAUAGAUGGCAUUAACAUCAAGAAUCUAAGGCUUAGCUGGAUUAGAGAGAAGAUCAGUCUGGUCAGUCAAGAACCACUGCUCUUCAUGACCUCGAUUAAAGAUAACAUAAUCUAUGGUAAAGGAGACGCGACAAUUGAAGAGGUCAAGAGGGCAGCUGAGCUUGCAAAUGCAGCAAACUUCAUCGAUAAGUUGCCGGAUGGCUAUGAUACAAUGGUUGGACCGCGUGGCGCACAGCUUUCUGGAGGACAAAAGCAAAGAAUUGCAAUCGCAAGAGCCAUCCUUAAAGAUCCUAAAAUACUUUUGCUCGAUGAAGCAACAAGUGCAUUGGAUGUGGAAUCUGAGCGGAUAGUUCAGGAGGCACUGAAUAGGAUAAUGGUGGAAAGGACCACGCUUGUUGUUGCUCAUCGUUUGAGCACCGUAAGGAAUGUUGACUGCAUAACAGUACUUCGUCAAGGGAAAAUAGUUGAACAAGGCCUUCAUGAUGUAUUGGUGAAGGAUCCCAAUGGGGCAUACUCUCAGCUUAUUAGGCUACAAGAAACUCGUGCUGAUGAAAGGCGUAAACCAGCAGACUCUGGGGUGCAAGAUUCCAGAUCAAAAAGCACCAGUUUAUCACUUAGACGGUCAAUGAAUAAAGAUUCUUUUGGUAACAGCAACAGAUAUUCCUUCAAGAAUCCCUUAGGAUUAUCAGUUGAGUUACAUGAGAAUAGGAUCAUAGGCGGAGAGAAAACAGAAGGGCACUCUGAUGUUGUGCUAAAGAAAGCACCAAUUGGACGACUUUUUAAGCUUAACAUGCCAGAAGUGCCAGUUCUUCUGUUAGGCUCUAUAGCAGCAUCAGUGCAUGGUGUCGUUUUCCCAUUGUUUGGUAUACUAAUGUCUGUCCCAGCACAAUACUUUUUGUUUGCGGUUGCCGGGGACAAGUUGAUAGAACGUAUUCAUGCUUUGUCAUUUCAAAGCAUUGUGCGCCAGGAAAUUGCUUGGUUUGAUAAUGCCUCAAAUUCCAGGCUUGCACUGAUCAUCACAUGUGUGAUUCCUUUGGUAGGCGCACAGGGCUAUGCUCAAGUGAAGUUCUUGAAGGGGUUUAGCGAAGAUGCUAAGGAGAUGUACGAAGAUGCAAGCCAAGUUGCAACCGAUGCUGUUGGCAGUAUCAGAACUGUAGCAUUAUUCUGUGCAGAGAAAAGAGUGGUCGCAACAUACAAUGAGAAAUGUGAAGCUCUAAGAAAACAGGGAAUUCGAAGUGGAAUUGUUGGAGGACUUGGUUAUGGAUUCUCAUUUUUAAUGUUGUAUUUCACAUAUGGUCUUUGUUUCUAUGUUGGUGCACAGUUUGUACGUCAAGGGAAAACUACUUUUCCAGAUGUUUUUAAGGUUUUCUUCGCAUUAGUUUUGGCAGCUAUUGGGGUUUCGCAGGCAAGUGCACUGGCUUCUGAUGCAACAAAAGCAAGGGAUUCUGCUAUUUCCAUUUUCAGUAUUCUGGAUAGGGAGUCAAAAAUUGACUCAAGUAGCGAUGAUGGGAUGACACUGGAGAAUGUCACUGGCAACAUUGAUUUCAACAAUGUCAGUUUCAAGUACCCAUCGCGUCCUGAUGUCCAGAUAUUCAGUGACUUUACCUUGCGCAUUCCUUCUGGAAAGACAGUGGCACUUGUUGGAGAGAGUGGUAGUGGCAAGUCCACAAUAAUUGCUUUACUGGAGCGUUUCUAUGAUCCAGAUUCUGGUAGAAUAUCACUAGAUGGCGUUGAAAUUAAGAGCUUAAAAAUAAGCUGGCUAAGGGAUCAAAUGGGGCUGGUAGGCCAGGAGCCAGUGCUUUUCAAUGACACAAUUCGUGCCAACAUAACAUAUGGGAAACAUGGUGAUGUAAUAGAGGAAGAGGUUAUGGCUGUAGCCAAGGCAGCCAAUGCCCAUGAAUUCAUAUCAAGCUUACCUCAAGGAUAUGACACCAUGGUAGGCGAGAAAGGAAUUCAGCUAUCUGGUGGGCAGAAACAAUGA